CCCCGGGCCGCACAGCUGCCGGGCGCGCCGCCCUCUCACCUGGCCACCUGAUGAGCCUGCUCCGCCUCGAUUUGCUGCCCGCACCCCUCCUAGCCGCUCUCUCGAUAUUUGCUCUCACCCUCGUGUACGUCAUCUUUGGGGCCGCUCCGUCCCCGCCCGAGGCCAGCGCUGCAGCAUCAGCGGCCGACAGCAGCGCUGCCGCCGCCGCCGGCCGACCCGCCAGUGGCAGGCAGCCGGUGGUCGUGUUUUACGGCACGCUCAAGGGCGGCAGCCGCCGGCUCGCCGAGCGGCUGGCCGCCGCGCUGCGCGAGGCGGGCGUCGCCGCCGAGACGGUGAGCCUCAUCGGGUACGACACGGACGGCCUCACGUCGCUGGAGUGCGCCGCGUUUGUCAUCGCCACGUACGAGGGCGGCGUGCCGCCCCCGGGGUGCGAAGCGGCGGUGGACUCGCUCGCCAGCGCCGCCGCAGACUUUCGCGGCACUGAUCUCGACCUGCGCUCGCUGCGAUUCAGCGUGUUUGGGUGCGGCAACUCCGAGUACCCGCGCCGCGACUUCAACGCGGCGGCGCGGCGGCUGGACGGGUCGAUCCGGCGGCUCGGGGGGGUGCGGGUCGCCCGCUCCUGCUGGGGCGACGACAUCGACAACCGGCUCUCGGAGCAGUUUGGCGAGUGGAGCGCGCGCGCGGUCCCGAGCUUGGCGGCGGCGGCGAGGCCGCGAAGCGGCGCAGACGCUGCGGCAAAGCGGGGGGCGGCGCGGGAUGGGAGCGCGGGGGCGGAGCAGGCGGCGGGCGGGCAGGAUGGCCGCGCCGUCGGCCUGGAGGACGAGAACGGGGACGAGGAGGACGAGGGGGAGGGGGAGGAGGACGGGGAGGAGGAGGAUGCAGAUCAGGGCGGGCUGUCGGACAGCGGCGGCCUGGUGGACGUCGAGGACCUGGGCGCGCGGAUGAGCAAGCGCGCGGCGGCGGCCGGCGGCGAGGGUCGCAAGAAGAUGGUGAGUGAGUCUUUGCGCAAGUCGCUCACGAAGCAGGGGUACAAGAUCGUCGGCUCGCACUCGGGGGUCAAGCUGUGCCGGUGGACAAAGGCGAUGCUGCGCGGGCGGGGCGGCUGCUACAAGCACACCUUCUACGGCAUCGCCUCGUACUCGUGCAUGGAGGCGACACCGUCCCUCGCGUGCGCAAACAAGUGCGUCUUUUGCUGGCGGCACCACGACAACCCGGUCGGCACCUCCUUCCGCUGGGAGGUCGACGACCCGCACGAGCUCGUCGAGGGCUUCGAGCGUGAGCACCUCAAGAUGGUCAAGUCGCUGCGCGGCGCUGGCCGAGGCUGGGCCGGGGUGGACCGAGGUGGAGCGCGGGUAGGCAUCCUGCCCGAGCGGCUCGAGGACGCCCUCCGGCGCGUCCGCCACUGCGCCCUCUCGCUGGUCGGCGAGCCGAUCAUCUACCCGCGCAUCAACGCGUUUCUCGCGGAGCUGCACCGGCGCCGCAUCUCCACCUUCAUGGUGACCAACGCGCAGUUCCCCAAGGAGAUGGAGCAGCUCGUUCCGUGCACGCAGCUCUACAUCUCCAUCGACGCGCCCACGCGCGAGCAGCUCAAGGCGGUGGACCGGCCGCUCUUCUCCGACUUUUGGGAGCGGUUCAACGAGUGCGCGCGAGUGCAUAGGCAGCGCACGGUCUUCCGGCUGACGCUCGUCAACGGCUGGAACGACUCCGAGCUCGAUGCGUACGCGGAGCUGGUGCGGCGCGGCGCGCCGGACCUGAUCGAGGUCAAGGGCGUCACCUACUGCGGCGACUCGAAGGCCUCGCCCCUCGCGCACGAGUCGACCGCGCCUCUUCUCCACUGCCCCUUCCACCACGAGGUGCGCGCCUACUGCGAGCGGCUCGCCGCCGCCGCCGGCCCCGGCUACACCAUCGCGUCCGAGCACGCCCACUCCAACUGCGUCCUGAUCGCCGCCGACGCGUUUUGCCGCGACGGCGUUUGGCACACGUGGAUCGACUACGAGCGCUUCUUCGACCUGUACCAAGACUGGCAGGCCAACGGCACCGAGUUCACCGCCGCCGAGUACGCGGCCCCGACGCCGUCGUGGGCCGUCUACGACCCGCUCGCCACCGACGGCGGGUUCGACCCCGCCGAGAGGCGGGUCGCGGGCAGGGGGGCCGCGAAGCGGGCGGCGAGCGGCGCCGCCGCGAGUUGA